AAAGUCCAGCAUAUAUUAAAUUGUAAACAUCGCGUACAAUUACUCCAUAUUCCGCAUUGUUGUGCCACAUGAAUUUUAUACUUCCCUCUCUCUUUCUCUAGUACAAACUGCCAAGUUAAAUAUAAUUUUUGAAUAGACGUUAUAAAAGUGACAUGCUCGUGCGAUUCCGAGCGACUAAAUAAGUACACGCGUAGAGUUUAGGAAGGCUUAAAACACGGCAACGGGACGAGGGUGCGGAAUUUCAGACACGACGAGCUUAUAUACGCAUAUUACGUGCGUGUCCCUCGUUAACGCGUCCAAGUUUUCCGUGUGUGCCGUCACGCGUGUUUCGUCCCGAGGAUAUGACAGAACAAGAAUUGUGUCAGUUAAGAGACUCGUCCAAUGACACGGCUUAAAUAUAAACCAAAUAUAUACGGGCGAGACCGCACGAAACCGACAUCUCUCUCUUUCGGGAGAAUAUAGACGCGUCUAUUUAUGCUCACACUAACUAAUCUACCGAAGGAAAGUUUGAAGCAGCGGCGUACGAAAUCAAGAAUAAUUCAAUUAUGCACCAGAGGACGUCACUUCUCGCGACACCAGGAGACGUUAAAAGUGCCCAUGUCGCUUUUUCGCGAUAAUCGCCAGCGACUCAUCUCACGUCUCCGUGCAAAGAAUGAAGUUUCUGCCGCGGGCGCUUUCGUCCUUCUUCAGGGUGGCGUGGACGUUCCCUUCAACGACACCGACGUAAACUGGCCCUUCAGACAGGUGCGUAUUUGCGUGCUGUUAUGCCCUUUAGUAUUUGCCAUAUCGAUGAAUCUAUAUGCUCGAGCUGCAUAAUUAAAUAAAAAGAUA